AUGAAAUUUAGUUCCAGUGCUGUGUUAGCCAUUUUAUCGGCCAUUGCCACUGUUCAAGCAGGAUCCACCAAGAAGGUUUCAUACCAAGGUGUUGGAUACUCUGGUUCAUACAAAGACGUCACUGCCAUGGACGAAGACUCAGGAUCUUGUAGUCAAGAAACCAAAACCUUCUCUGGUAAGUUAGCUCCAUUAGACGAAGAGUUAUCUGCUCAUUUCAGAGGUCCUUUGAAGUUAUUGCAAUUCGGUGUUUACUACCCAUCAUCUGGUUCUAACAACAAGAAGAGGGAAGACGAAGAAGAAUGUACCACCAAACACGUUCACCACAAACACAAGAGAGCCACCGAAGUGGUUGAAGUCACCCAAACUGUUAUUGUUGAUGGUAACGGUAACACCCAAACAUCAUUAGCCACUACUACUGCCACUGCAGGUUCUGGUGACAACGAUGAACAAGACACCACUCAAACCUCUACUGCCUCUGCUGCUGCCACUGGUGGUUCAGGUUCAGGUUCAGGCUCUUCAUCUGCCUCUUCAUCCUCGAGUGCUUCUGAAUCAUCUUCCGAAUCAUCUUCUGAUUCCUCUGUUGCUGCUGGUGACUGGGAAAGAGUUGCUUAUUACACCCCAGGUUCCACUGAUAACGUCACCUUCUUAAACUACUACGGUGGUUCUGGUUCUGGUGUCUGGUCAUCUUCUUUCGGUAACUCUUUAUCUUAUGCUAACAAGGAUGCCUCUGGUGGUUCAUCAAGUGCUGUCGCCUUAGAAGAAACCACCAUUGAUUCUAAUGUUGAAUAUGUCAUCAUGUCCGGUUCUAAGUGUGAUGGUGACGACUGUGAUUUCUACAGAGAAGGUAUUCCAGCUUACCACGGGUUCGGUGGUAACACCAAGAUCAUGGUUUUCGAAUUCGAAAUGCCAAGUGCUACCGACUCCGCUUCUUUCAACUACGACAUGCCAGCUAUCUGGUUAUUGAACGCCAAGAUUCCAAGAACCUUACAAUACGGUGACGAAGAAUGUUCUUGUUGGAAAACUGGUUGUGGUGAAUUAGAUUUAUUCGAAGUCAUCACUUCCGGUUCUGACGAAUUGAUCUGUCACUUACACAGUGGUCAAGGUGACAAUGGUUCUGCCCAAGGUGGUGGUGGUUCUUCUGACUACUUCGAAAGACCAACUUCUGGUUCUAUGAAGGCUGCAGUUAUCUUCAGUGAUGGUGAAGUUAAUGUUGUUGAAGUCGAUGAUGACUUUGGAAGCUCUCUUGACUCUUCCACCGUCAAGUCUUGGGUUAGCGAAUCUGGUUCCAAGGCUGUCCUCCAAGGUUAA